AUGUCGCGCGACGAGUCGCCCGUCGUUCGUGCCGUAUCGCCAGACGAAGGCUAUACGUGGAUCCACCGCGCAUUUCUACAGGCCUUCAAAACGCACAGCGUCCUGACAGUAGAUGAAAUGAAACCCAUUCUAGCCUACGUAAUGACUGCACACAACCCCGACCGGCCAUGGACAGAAGGCGACAUUACGCAACCGCAAAUCACCAACACAGUCCAGACCAUCAACGCGAAAAUCGAGCCCUACGACUUCGAAAUACGCUCGAUACGCGACCAACAUACGAAACUGCCGACCUACGCCUUUGUGAACAAGACAUCUGACUCGCUCACCCAGCUGGCAACCAAGUUCUCCGCCAGUGAAAUCGCAUACAUACGGCGCCUGCUAGACGCCAUGUUCGAGACAAACAACACCCACAAUCGCGAAACCAUGGCCUUGAAACACACAGAAGCAUCCCAGCUCGCCCGCCCGCGGCGCAACCGGCAAUCACAAGCCAACGGUACCGGCAACACCGAAGACGGCGAGACAUCGCAAGUCGCGGCCGACGCGGGCAUUUCCAUCCAAGAAGCCGACGACGUCCUCGACACGCUGGUAAACGAGUCCUUCUUCCAACAGUCGAGCGCAGGCUACUACUCCCUCGCGCCCCGCGGCCUCAUGGAACUCGGCGCCUACCUGAAAGAAACGUACAACGAGGACGCAGACGACGCGGAAGAUGGCGUGGAAAGAAUUCGGAUACGAGACUGCGAGGGCUGCAGGGAGCUCGUCACAUAUGGCAUACGGUGUAGUAAUAGGGAGUGUGGCGUGCGCUGGCAUGAUGCAUGUGCGAAUUCGUACUACAGGGGCCGCGCGAGGGAACAGAGAAAGUGCCCCAAGUGCGAGACGGAGUGUACGGGCGAUGUUUAUGUAGGAGAGAGGGCGGAUAGGGCGGGUGGGAGGAGCAGUACGGGCGGGAACAGAAGGAGUACCCAGGUCCAGAGGGAUGAAGACGAGGACUCAGAGACGACGUAA